AUGGCUCAGAAAUCAGUUUUGAUGUUAUGCGGAGAGUUCAUGGAAGCCUACGAGACCAUAGUACCUCUCUACGUCCUCCAAGCGUUUAGCGUUAGCGUCCACUGCGUUUCUCCUGGUCGCAAAACUGGCGACAAGUGCGUCAUGGCCGCUCACGAUCUCCUUGUCCUCGAGGCAAGUCUCUAA